AAGAUAAUUGCACGACCAACUGGCUGAGAUAGAUGUCCUGCGCAGUAUAAACUCCGUCCACUGUCAAAAGCCUCGAGUUUAGACCGUAUCAUUCAGUUUUAUUAUGGUUACUUCUAAAUGAUGUAAAAUAUUAAUGCAAAGAAAUUUAAAAUAUACAUUUUAAACUAAUAUACCAAAAUAUAAUAAAUUAAUUUGAAUUUGGAAUCCGAAAUUCAUAAUCAAUAUGCGUGUGGAAAUACCAGAUUGUAAUAGGUGUUUUAUGUGCAUUCCUCUGCGUUACGGGAUUAUUAUUAUUGGUUGCUCGAAUUUGGUUUUGGACUUAUGGGUACUAUCAUUGCAAUCAUCAUGGCUGAUGCACCGGGGCAAUCAAUCUUUUGCCCUGAUGUCUUCUACUCUGAUCACCUACAAAGGCGUGACCUUCAACGCGCAAAUAUGGUUGCCUAUGUUGCUCUAUGUGCUAGAGGUGAUCUUCAACGUUGUUGUAGUAAUAGGGGCUUUUAUGAAAUGUAUGAAAUUAUUGCGUAUAUACUAUUACUAUGGGAUAACAACUCUACUAGCGACGUUUGUCACGUUCCUAGUGGUGGAAUUAAGGAUCCUUUUCAGAUACUAUAAUAUAUUAGAAAUUUGUAUUACGUUCAUGGGAUUAGCAUCGCACGCGUAUUUAUUGUUGCUAGUACGCUCGGAGAUGUCGAAGACGCGUUACAAAGAGGAAAGCAGGAGUCAUGAAUACGAGAAUCAUUUGACUCAACAUUACCCUCCCAAUUGGCGGGAACCAAAUGUGAUAUAAAUUAAAUUAUAUUUAGGCUAUUUUUAUUUAAUUAUUGUAAUAUUAAACCAAUCUUCGUGUUUUUAUAAUAUAUUGAUAUGAUGUAUUUUGAGUUUUGAUUCGUAUAUUUUAUGAAUGUUUUUUAAAUAACGUUUAUAACUUUAAGAGGGAUAAAAUCGGGAUGUAAAUAAAAGAUAUAAUAAAUAGGUUGAUGGUUAAAAGUUAGUUACAAUGUAUUUAACCCAAUAAUAGAUACUAAUUUGAUUUAUAAUUCACACAGGCCAUACAAGUUAUUGGAGCACAAGUUCAUCUGAAGGUGAAUAUCACCGUAAACCAUGAACUUGCACUUUAGCAGAGAUAUAGUUAGUGCUAAACAACAUUCGAGAAUGUUUAAGCGACCAACAACCCUAUUAUAUACACAAAAAAGGAUACUGGUACAUACUAUGUUCUUCUUUUCGCACAUACCUCAAAUCCCAAUUAUAACACCUCAUAAGACAGACUAGUCUCGAAUAAAUGGAUACAUAUACUU